AUGAGUCAAGAUUUAAACGGAAUUGAUGAUAAAAAAAUUUGUGAAUUUUGGAUUAAGAAUAUUUGCAAUCAAGAAAAAUUUAAAACUAAAGAAAUUUAUGAUUUCAUUAUCGUGGGAGCUGGUACUGCUGGAUGUGUGCUUGCUAGAGAAUUGAUUCAUGGUAUUCCGAAUAUUAAUGUCCUUGUAUUGGAAGCCGGAGGUCCAGAUACUUAUUCUAAUGGCCUAAUUAAUUUACCUUGUGCUUCUUUUAAGGUUUUCAAAAUAAGUGAAAAUGACUGGGGAUAUGUUACUGAGGAACAAAGAACACGAAGUUUUAUAGACCCUACCAAAGAAAUAUUAAGAAAGAGGGCCCCUUAUGUGCGCGGAAAGGUCUGGGGAGGAAGCCCUGAGUACAAAAUUUGGGAUUGGGAUCAUUGUCUAGAAGCUGUAGAAAAUAAUUCACGAAAGAAUCCUGAUGAAAAAUUUAAAAAAUUUCAUGGAUUCGAUGGUUUACUUCAUGUGCAAGAUAACCAAAAUGGGAUUUAUGAUAUUAUGUCAGGUUUAGUUGAUGCUGCAAAAAACCUUGGAAUUCCUUAUAAUGAUGAUUUUAAUGGGGAGAGACAGAAUGGUGUUGGAACUUUCCAGGAUGGAAGAAGAUGUUCUUUGGCUGAUAGUUAUCUAAAAGAUGCAUUAAAAAAAGUCGAAUUGUAUCCAGAUUCGAAAAAUGAUGGUUUCGGAAAAGUUUCAUCAGUAGAUGUUAGGUCAUUUGCUCACGUCAUAAAUAUUAUUUGGGAUGAGGAAAAUAAAGAAGAAAAAGUUGCGAUCGGCGUAAGAUAUUUUUGUAAUGGUGUUGUGCGUGAAGCUUUUAUUGCACCAAAAGGAGAAGUUAUUCUUUGUGGUGGUGCUAUUAAUAGCCCUCAGAUCUUAAUGCUUUCCGGUAUUGGACCAAAAGAAAAUCUUGAAUCAAAUAAUAUAAAAGUUCGUAAAGAACUACCAGUUGGAAGAAAUUUAUUAGAUCAUCCGAGUUGUUUGAUCGUUGCUAAAUCGACUCCAAAUACAAUCAAUCAUUGGAGUAAUGGAGCUGAAGUUGGAAUCAUCCAUAAAGCUAACGUUGAAGGAAAGAUUCCUUGUAAAGAUGACUUCUUUGAUGAAAAUCCUGAUAUUCAGAUUCAUG